AUGGCCGCGAUUAACCAGUCGUGCACAGGAGUCUUAUUCCCUCUUUUCGGCGGGAUCGCGACACUAUACCUCAUCCCCCGUAUCCUGUUCUACCUUCAGACCAAGGGCCCCACGUACGAGGAGUUGGAUGAGCUGUUCGAACUCCGCAUCCCGGCUUGGAAGUUUACUACUACUAUGACGGUGUACCAGGCUGAGGUGCAAGGUCAGAAUGUUGGUGCCGUUCGAGACUAG